AUGGAUUCGGUAAUUCAAGCUGUCGAAAACAUCGCCACAAGGAAUAUUUCUUACUCAACCACAGGUUGCUCCGAAAAAUGGAGCUACCACAACAGUUUUGGCCAGUCCUUCACGGGAGAGGGUACGAGGGGUGCGGAGGGUGUAAUUAUUUCCAGCUUGAUGGGCACCUUGGUGCGCCGCUUCGUGCGGUGUCGUCGCGAAUUGGCCACUCAGGAGAACAUCAGUCUCUUCACGGAGGUGCGCCACCUCCUCACUUAUCUCAAGUCCGUCCACGGUAAUACUUUUAGACGGGCUCUACUCUGUUCCCUUCUCUGUCCCAUGCGAACCGCCUUCAUGAGGAAUAAACCCUCUGUAAUGCUGCCAAGGCCGCGAAUGCUCUCCACGAGAAAUUCGCUCUGGCCCACACCCGCCUCCAAAAGGCCUUCUAUGGUUGUGCCACCGACCGAUUUCAUCGAUGUCGGCGAUUUUACUCCUGGUCUGCAGAACAAGCGAUUGCAUGGUCAGAACUGGAAGUCAGCAGAGACAAAGUACUACAAACCUGUGAUUGAGAGGAGGCUUGUGGAUCUCCCAGCAUUGAAGGAAAACCUACGUGAUUUUGCCUUUCUCCUUGAAUGUUUGGAGCCUGGAACUCUGCCAGAACCACAACUGGUUGCCUCCUUUCUCGAUCUGAACGCACCGGUGCUGGCCAGAGCCUGUCUGCUCUUAGAGUGUGCCUUCUUCGUGCAUCGUUGCAACCGCGGAGAGUGGCCAGCAUGGAUGAAAAUUAACUUACCACUGCCGAUGCAACAAGCUGAACAUCUGACCCAGUCCACCACCUCACAACGAAUCGCUAUUUCAAUUUCGGGGCCUGCCAGCACUGGCGCUGACCCUAUUGACAUGCGUAGCUCUGCGUUUCGCACCGCAGCUCAAAUCCAGUGGUCAGCUGGUCGCCUCUUCCACAGCUGGGCUGAGGCUCUGGGAAUUCGCAUUAUGGCAUUUUUGGAGGAGAAUUCGUCGGCAGAAAUUUAUCUCAGUCGGGAUUUUCAAAGCGAUGAAAACUUCCUCGAUGAUGCCACGGUAAAUCCAAACGGAGAUAGCUGUCCAUACGCUUUGCUCGUGAUGGCAGUGCAGUUGUUGAACGAGAUAACCACCUUCCUACGUGAAUCGCACCAGCAUGCAACCCGUGCACAGAUGGUUGCCGCCUCCUCUUCCUCCUCCUCAGCCACUGCGCGUACAGUGGAUCACUCAAAUCAGUGGGACAGUGGUGGUGGUGGUGGUGCAAACGGUCCUCGCACUCUUGCUGGCACUUCUGCUGUUCCCUCAUUUGGCGCCUUAAAAUCCACUCGACGUCGUCUCAGCAUCCUCAUGCCCAUGUUUGCGCAGCCUGAGGUCAAAGAAAAGCACAAUUCUGUGUAUAUUGAACUCUCUAACGUUCGUGGUGAGGACGGUGACACCGCCUCGAGGAUCACUGACGAAUACGGUAAGCAAUCGAACAGAAUUAACGCAAAUCUUGUGAAAUUACGGGAAUAUGCUCAACUUAUUCCAUUGCCAUCUAUUGUAGUACGCAAGUCUGUAUCAAAAAGCUUGACUCGAAAACGGCAGCGCUCUGGAAGUUUCCGCCAGUCCUUCCAACUCUCUUCUCUUAUGAACAACCCUAGGUCAGCGAAAGCCGAAGGCGGUAAGAAGAAAACUAAGGACACAUUUUCGCUUAUUUUUUUAAGUAGUCCAAGUGAUUCUCCAGGUUUGCGUCGUAUGUCAUCACGUGCCAGCACCUGUGGAGGCGAAGGUGUAGUGAAUAGUGGCGGGGCUCCAGAUGCCAGCCUUGACGAUGGAGCGGGCGGAGCCUAUGGGACUCGUGCAAGCCGUCACGCUCCACCGAUGUCGUCAUCUGCCUCUACCAGCCUUCGCCCUGAGCCGUCUUCAUCGGCCGGCGUCGGAGGACGGCGUUCUGAAAGUGGCGAGGCGCUCGCCUGUCCUGAGACCGAUGCUGAACUUGACUUUAACAAACGCUCACCCCGCCGUGACCGCCGUCGCACUUCCCUUGGUGCAGUGCGCGAUCCCUCUCGCUCAUCCUCCUCGCGCACCCAAAACCAGACCCUUGUUGCUGACUUCUACUCAUCCAACAUGCCAUGGAUACCAGCUGUUAUUGCUUUUGCGAAAAGGACAACUUUUGGCUGCAAACAUCAGCCCAUCUGCGAAGCCAAUUGCUUUGACCGUCAGCAGCAGCAAUUACGGUCACUUCUUCAAGCUAUUCGGCAAGUAUAUUCAUCUACUACCGAGUCCAGUUUCAUUCGAUCUGUGGACGAGCUGCCGGAGGGUCGGCGAGUUCGCGGAACAGUGGGCGACACUAUCGUCACCCCAGAUGUGCGCUCUGGUAAUGGCGGCGGGCCGUCUUGUCAGUGCACCUCGGACUCUAUUAGUGGUGCUGGUGGAGCUGGCAAUGAAGAAGAGGAGUCUGGCUACUCAGAUGAGGUUAAUGACUCCGAUCAGGACAUAGUGGGAAACGGCGGACUAGAGGACCUCCUUCGACUCGCCCUUAACCCUACUCCACUCCUAAGGGGAGCUGGUCCAGCUCCUACGAGUGCUUUCGGGGUCGUUGGUGGUGAUUCGGAGUUGGAAACUUCUGCAUCUAUCCUACAUCGUGUUUUUGGGGGACGAGAUCAUCAGGAUAAAAGAAAUGCUUUAUUUAAUAGAAAUACCAAAAGAAAGGAAUCUUCGGUGUUUACGUCAGGCUGGCGAGAAGCCACCACUCCCAUCUUUGACCGGUUUCGACGUAAAGGCACACCAAAACGGGGCUCUGGAGCGGGUGCCUCUGACGAUUGCGGAGCUGGUGGUUUCUGUGGUCCUGGAGGCCUCUCAAGCCUCAUGAAUCUUAGCCUUCUAGCAGGUGCAGGGACGGGUCUCACAGCGGCAAACUCGUCGCCUUCUCUGGUGCGAUUGCUAGAAGCAGUGAAGAGUGGCUUGGCAAACGGAACCACACUCUCCGUCGAAGGUGACGAUGCUCAAUCGGAGGAAGCUGAGCUUGGCAAGACCAAAGUCCGACCUCUAGCUCAUCAAACCGAUUCGCCCGAACUUAUGUACUUGGAUACUCAGGUCCAGUCGUUGCGCAGCAGUUUCUUCAACCUUCUCAACAAAGGAGCACUUCUACUUUCAUCGGAACAAUUAGAGGAAGUGGUCCCACUCGCCUGGGAGUUGCUACUGGAAGCCGAUCCUGAACUGACCAGCAGUGCUGCUUCUCUAAUUCUAUUUGCUGCUGUGAAAUGUCCUGCCUUCGUUCAGAAGCUUCUGUAUGCAGAACUUCAACAUGUGGACUUGAAUAGUCGUCUAAAUGCCGUUCUAAGGUUCCGAGCACUAUGGACAGCGCGACAGCAGGUUUGGUCACGUCUAGAAGAAGGUGCAAGCCAGUGUCUGAAGGUUCCACCACCGCUGAUCGAGUACGUCCUGCCCUCUCCCACUCUUGGUAAUCCCUCCGUUCAAGUCCCAGAUCCUGCCUGGGAGACCCGAAAGGGUACUUCGGCAGAGGAGGUACAACUCAAACAAAACGAGGCCACUAAAACCUUCGUGACGGCCUCAACAAGUAGAAGAAAACAGCAACAAGAGCUGUUGGCGCGUGCUGUGACAGCGGCGAAGUUAGCAAGGGACGAAGCACGUAGCCUUUUCCACAUAACCACAUCAGCCAUCCUUGAGUUGGCUGCUACUGAAGUCGUCUUCUCUAAAGACCACCGCGGAGACGAAGCGGGUGGCGGCGAUGAUGGUAGUGAACAGAUGUUUUUGGCUGUUUCUGGUGAUGCUAAUGCUGUCAUCAUCACCGCCUCUCCUCCUCCUCCUCAUGCUUCUGCUACUGCUACUGCUCUUGCCGCUGCUGCACCAGCAGCAGAGGAGUUCAAUCUAGCAGCAAGGAAAGUCUCUUUUGCACCGAUGAAUCGAAGCCUCAACAUGCAAACGCGAAGUCUCUCCUGGAGAAAUGGAUCAUUUCCGUUGUUUCGAGACAAUGUCACCCUUGCUGAUGAUGAUGAGGCAGGAAACAGUAAUGCCUCAAUGCUUUUGACCCACCAGUUGAAAAUGGCACAAACCUUCUUCCCCUCCUGCAUAUGUGCUGCUACAUUGCCUCUCACAAAUCUCAUGGAUGACUGCGCGGUAAACAACGAGGGCAUAGCAGUAAGCACCGUGGUUGAGGCGGUUAUUUGGCAAUGCCUCUUGGAAGAUACCAGUCUCUUUUUGCGGUACAUCUUUGAGAAACUCACAAGAGUUCCCCACAAAGAUGACCUCAUUUCGGUUAUUCGAAAAUUGGUCCAACGUCUUCCUGAACUUCCGAUGCAAACGGCUCACAUCCUCUUCAACAAUUUGGUUGGUUGCAUAAUGUUUCACGUAAGAACUCCGAGUUUCAACGCCCCCGACUCAAUCGCCAGUAUUCUCUGCGUACUGCACAUGAUCAUUCCAUAUGUAAAGAAUAUCUAUUUCAAGGAUUUGAAGCAGACUUUUCGUCGCGAGCAAAUCGAUUCAACUCUGCUGGUGACAGCUAACUUGCCAUGCGCUAAACAAUUUAAUGUCUUCUGUGACACCAUUUGUGUGGCUCAGUUGGUGAAACUGCAGGACGAUAACAAAGACUACCGGUUCAACGACAUCCUAACUGAGGCACUCGAGGGCAACAGUGUGCCUCACAGUGAAUACCACCUUCACGUGCUCUGCGAUGAUCGUUCAAACAUCAUACGCAACUCCAAUCACUAUGUGCGUGACUUCUACCCAUUCAAGAGGAACCACAUCCCAAAGCUGAAACUGAUGCGCGUGGAUCGGGAAACAGGACAGCAAUUAUUGCAGCGCAAUGCAUUUAGUCUAAAGGUUCAAGAAGUGGGCAAACUGCUGUUAGUGAAGACCAUUCUCCAAACCACCGCAGCAUCACAUAUGUCAAACCACAUCCUAUUUCUGCGAGAAGAACUGGUCAAACUACCCUCGUUCCCGCGCAAAGCUCUAGAGGCCGAAUUCACCCUCUACGAGUGUGGCGACAUGGGCAAGGCUCUGUUUGCAAUGGACUCCAUGCACAAGUUAACAUGGUGUCAAUUGAUAAAUUCGAUGUUUCAAAAAAUGACUUCCACUUUUCCUUGGUCUACCGAUUUGCAACUAUUUCUCAACGUUUACAAUGGCACGCUUGUUUUACACGCUGAAGACACCACCAUUCUUCGUCAGUGUCUGGCCUUUUACCUGCAGUGUUGCUACCAAUUCAAGAUGAUUUUCUCUGUCAAUGGGUAUUUGAGUAUUCUUCCGACAAUCAUCAGGGUAUAUCACAACAAUCAACACAAUGGAAUUCUAAAACACGCGAUAGAGUUCAUCUUCAAGCAGUUCUACAUAAUGCAUCGAACGCCUUUCAUUCUGCAAAUGUUCGGCAGCAUCGCCAAUUACAUUGACCUCUCGCCCGAUGAUACUGUUCAGCCCAACUUUUAUCGGGUCCGACCAGAGACCCUUUAUCAGCUUCUGCGAGCUAUUGGAAGGGAGAUACCGGACACACUGGGAAUACUACAACUGUGCAGUUUCUCUAAGCCCUUAAAAGCUCUAGAUUUCUGCUAUGCUGACGACUCACAAAGCUGGUCAAUUUUUGAAACGGUGAAUCUGUGUGUCACUGUGCAGGUUUAUGCUCCGGAAUCCUAUCGUUCGCGACAAAUGAUGGUUAUUCUGCAAGCGAUGUUCCCUUACAUUUUACGCGAUUUACCAGUCAUUUGUUGUGAAGAAUGUACAGGAGCGGAUUCAAGAAAGUUUGAAUUGCAGGCCAUCCAACAACUGUCGGUUAUGGUGAAGCAACUCAUAUGCACAACUGAGUGGAUGACGAGACGAUCAGACGACACAAAGUCGGUGGUAUCCUCUACUACCAGUAGCAGCUCUGUACCAGGAGGACCACGCGGACUGGGAGGAGCCUCGGUUAAGCGUCUCGCCUCAGCAGAUCAGCCCGCAAAGAUGCCGGAGUGGGCUUCUGCCAUCUCAGGGAACUAUUCGAACCGCCGCCAUCACCAACACCAUUCACAGAUGCAGUAUCGUUUGCAACGAAACUUUACGCGCUCUGGAUCACCGUCCAGUGGUGCCAUUGGAAGUGGAGGACGUCGUCCGCCCUCAGUUGAGCCUCCUGGAAAGCGAUCGAUGCGCCGCCAGCGUCACAGCGGAGACUCCUUUGGUGGAGCCUCAGGAGCUUUGAAGCGUAGUGCCUCAGCUGUGAUGAGUGUCAGUGGAGGUGGUGGCGGUAGUAGCAGCAGUGGAGGAGGUGGCGGUGGUGGUGAUAGUGGACAUCACAUUGGUACCCCUUCAGGCUGGCGUAAGUCGAGCAUCGAACCGAGGGAGGCGAUUCUUCAGAUUGCGUCGGAGUUCUUGACUGUCGCCCACCGACGCCUUGGAGAGUUAGGGGAGCGGCAAAAGUCUUCGGAGUUGCUGGAUGGAAAGGCUUUCAUGCGCCUUUCGGAAUUGGCGCAGUCGAUCGUGAAGCAGUUUCCUCACAAUGUAAAUCUGUUGAAAAGCCAACCGCUUCAACGAUUCUUCCUGGAAGUCUUACCACUUGCUGACUGGAGUCAUGAGUCUCUUCGUUCAUGCAAGGCUCUCGAGACUCUUGUCGGUCGAUUGAACAGAACGCUUCCAAAGAUGCUGGAGACAGCCUCAGUUCGUCUGUUCAACGACUACUUGAAGCGAAGUCUAGUCGUUGGACCGAAUGCCUGGUGGUCGACUGAACGUUUGUUUACGACCCCGCCUCAGGCUACCAUCACGAUGGUGACGGCACAACAUCUGGGACGCAGAGCCACUACAACUGCUGGUGGAGAGCGGUCUGUGACCUCAACACCAGGGGUCACCUUCCACCCAGAGUUGAUUACUUCUACCACGGAGAGACGUACGCCCCCAAGGGUUCCAUUGAGUCCCACAUCAACGGGCAGUACCAUGACCUCGUCACUGGCUAAGGGCGCAGCCGCCUCUCCUUCCUCCGCCGAACGGGUUGCCCCGACAACGACGACAGGAGGAGGGACUGAAACCAGCUGCCUCCCUGCCGGUUUUGCGGCCGAGGCUACCCGUUUCAUUGCUCUCAUGCUCAGUUGCCUUGAGUCUUCAUACCGUCUCAAAGACCUUUGUGAGAGAGCGAAUUUCGAAUUUUGUCGGUGUCCAACGAUAUUCGAGGGUGGCACUGAAAAUCUCUCCAACUAUUUGGCCUACUUGAUCGUUCCAUUAUUGUUUCAGUGCAGCACUGGUCGUGGAGAUUAUCCAAGCCUCUCCAAGGAGAACGUUUACUAUGCUCUGGAAGUAUGCCUCUCGGGUCUAUUCGUUGGCUCUGAGAAAUGCUCCUCAGAGGGCGGAGUGACUUCAACUGGUACGGAGGUCGGAGGCGCAGGCUCAAGCCGACCCUCUGGCGUUGCCUUUGACCACGUGGCAUUUGAGGGACCUAAAAAGCUUGGCAUCCACUCUUCCUUUAUAAUGGCCAAUUCCAAAUCAAACCAGCCUAUGGGUCCCGUGGGAGAAGGCUGCGGAGUCGGUAGUGGCGGAGGCGGUGGUGGCAUAAAAACGUCUUUGGGUCAAAGCAUGUCCGGUACGGUGGGAGUGACGGGUCUUCUACAGCUCCCAAAUCUUCUCGGGGGGCCGCCGGUUACCGGCUCCACCUGGGAGUUGAUAGGACCAUCAGGACUUGCCUGCGAUCUUGGAGGGGGUCGAAUGCAUGGUUGCAUAGUGAACUUGAUUGGCCCCACGCUGCACAGCAUGAAGCAUCCAAAGAUGGAGGAGAUAUCAGGUGCCUCUGCGGUCGGGGCAUUGCACCCUGGCAUAAAUACUGGUUUCUCAAGCAAUUCAGUCGGAGCUGGUCAUGCUAACUCCUCCAUACUGUCAAACCAUGAAAAGAAUGUGCAAUCGCAAAUCGAUAUUGUGCACAGACUUGCCUUUUUGGGGCUCAAGCUCAUCCUGAUUGUCUAUCCACGUCACACACUGGCCAAGUCACGCCACAUAAUCGCCAGUCUGGCCAAGCUCGCCUUCUACCGGUGCUGCGGGGUACAGCUGUGGAAGUUCCUUGACUUUGUGGUCACCUAUAGGCCGAGCAUUUUCAUGCAUAUGGCACCAUUCUUCCGGUUCCAGGUUUUGAAUUUCCAAUGCGAAACUCAAGGAGAGCAAGCAUUUCAACAGAUUAUUGGCCAGAAAUUGAUCGGACUUCAUUUACCACCACAACAGACGAUUGUUACCCUCUUGAAGGAACUUCUACUUGAUCUUCAAAUCCUUAGGGAAGAAAAACAGAUGCUCAACUUAAUGCGACAGAAGCAUCAGCUCUUUCUGAGUCCGCGUCAGAUGCACGACAGCUCAGUGCUUUCGCCGUCAGCUCCCAGUGAUUCUGCCAACUCAGUAGCUAGUACACCCCUUCCAGGCAUUCUUCGGCAUCCCUCAGAGAAGCAUUUUUGUAUUUUGGAGGGUGGUCAGGUGCGUCCGUUUUCUCAGAUUGAAUUCCGGCAGUCACUUCUGCGUCGAACCUCCGGAAAACGUAUCACUGCACAUGACGGCAGUCGAUUCCUGAGCCAUCACCGAACUCUUUCACAACGGAAACCUAUCCUCACUGGUGAGGUCACCGCGAUCUUCAAUGAAAAGACCAAGGGCGAAUUGAGGCGCGCAAUUACGACUGCAGAAGGCGGGGAGAGAAGAUUUGGCCGCUAUCUUUCCGGCCUCACCAAUACCGCCUUGUCACCAAAUGGCAACAACACCGUAGACGUCAAAGAUAUUACAGUAAUGGACGAGCUCAAUGCCCCUGCCAACCCCUUAAUUGCAGCUGCCGUAGCAACUUCUCUCUACGGAUCGGCGAUGCAGAUCAUGCUCACGGCUCCCUUCCCCCUGAUCGUCGCCUACGUCAAACCCCUAAAAUUCGCCUCCGCUGCACCCUACACCCAUGUGCGAGAAAAGGCGCGAGAGGAGCUGCCCGAUUUGAUUGGGGUGACAGAUCCCUCGGAGCCCUUUAAGCCGAGCCGACCGCAGCUGAGGUCGAGCAAGCUCACAGACAACAUUCCAUUGGUUGAUCUUCACACCUCUCCAUCUACCUCGUUCCCACCUAUCACCCCACUAUCUCCACCACAGUUUCAGGAUCCCAUAGUUGUAUCGACAUUCGACUCGCAGCCAACUGCUGUCUCUCAGAGGCCACGGAGCCAUGCGGACACUCUCACCAAGAUUCGCUACGUUUAA